AUGCGGUCCAAUUUUCCGUUUCUGCUCAUGGUCGUCAUUCGAGUAACCUACCAGUUCACCCACACAAAUUUCGUUGUUAAGAAACUCGUUGAUUGUGACAAGAGAAACGUUUCCAAGUUCUACUCUAAUCUGCGCAAUGAAGGGGGACGACAGUACCUAGACUUCGACGCAGUGUUCCCGAAGGCUAUGGACGAAACCGUUGGGGUUCUAUGCGACAUCGAAACGAGUUUGGAUGAAAAGGUGUACGCCAAAUUGUUUACGAUACGCGAGCGAAAUUGUUGCGCAUCCAUGCAUAAGUAUAUGGGGGAGUUUGCCUAUGCACUUGAGCAAAGUGCCGGCAUAGCGCCAGGUGUGUGUCCGAUACCGAAAAGAAAAUACCGCGCUCGGAACCACUACUUGGAUUUUUCAAAAAUUUCCCUCCAGACUUUUCCCUUUGGACACUUACGUUUAACAAUAAAGGUGGUUGAUAACGACGCCAACAGCGCUGUUCUGUUCUGCAUAACCUGCUACAUUGACAAUGUUCUAAAUUGAAUGUUGCGCGUAUUUUACUUGCUAUUAGACACCUCUUUUUUCAACCAUCAACCCUUA